AUGGCAAAAACACUCCCCAACUAUGUCCUCAUCCAAUCAAACGAUAACAACAGAUAUGCGCGCCUCGACAGCGAGAAUCAGUCAUUACGUAAUGCCCUCCGUUUCGAGGGAGAGUAUAGUUUCGGGCUCGAAACCAGAUUCGAGUUAGUCCCUGCUACCACCGGAUUCAUCCAUAUCCGGUGUUUGCAGAACAACAGGUAUUGGGAAAGUUCCGGUGAUUGGGUCACUGCUACGGCCGUCAAACCUGAAGAGGAUAUGUGCGACCAACAUUGCACGCUCUUCCACCCUGUUUUCUUGAAACUCAACGACUACAACCACCAUGUCGUUGAGCUCCGGCAUGCAAAUACCGGCAAGUUCGUCAGGAUGCAUAAUGAUAACAAUGAUUAUAAUGGCUGCUUAACUUUACGGCCUAAACUGCAAGCAGACGACGACAACAUUGAUGUGUGCACCUUCAUCGACUGGGAAUCUGUCGUUAUGUUGCCCGACGUUAUCAGGAUCAAGGAAAACAAUGGAAACUACUUGAGGGUCUAUGGCUUUAACAAAGCGUUAAUGAAAUUCGGAAGCAAACCCGAUGAUUCCUCAGGCUCAAUGUAUCAUGACUAUGAGGUGUUUCCAAGUCGCGACGGAGGCAUACGCCUGAAGAGUGCUCAGUUUGGAACCUACUGGGCGGAUAUAAAUUUUGUUUGGAGGGAUACUGUUGCUUUUGUGGUUUUACAGAACGAUGACCCCAAGCUUUCGACCAACACCACCUUUCUACCCGUGAAAGUUGAUGGCAACCGCAUCCUCUUACGAAGUUUGGAGACCGGGAAAUUUUGCAGGAGAUACGAUGGAAGCAACUGGAGAAGCGAAUAUUUUACCAAGAGCUGCCUCACCGCAAUUUAUAAGUAUCCUGAUGAUUUGUGCCACAUGGAGAUUGAGGAGCCUGUUUUAACAAGGAAGAUCUCUAAUGUCAGAUAUCAACUUAUUAAUGCAAGGAUUUACAAUGAGAAUAUUCUUGCGCUUAUCACGGACGAUUCAAGAAACAACACUCAGCUUACCCAGACGUCUCAAAUAAAUCUUAAGAAGACGGUUACCAAUACAAAAAAAUGGAGUACCAGUGUGUCGAUCAAACAAGGUUUCAAGAUGACUGGUACCUUUGGUGCUCCACGCAUAAAAUCUGGUUCCCUUGAGAUUUCCGGUGAGUCUACACAAUCUUGGAGUCCAGGAACAACGGAUACGGAAAGCAUUGAAGUUGGGUCUGUGCGAACCAUUACUGUGCCACCUAAGAGUAGAGUGAAGACGAGUCUAAUGGUGACACGGUGUUCGUACGACAUACCCUUCUGGUACACUCAGCAUGACGUUCUAACGGAUGGGAAUGAAAGAGUUUCUACAAAGACCGAUGGCCUUUUUAAGGGUGAGAGUGGGUACAACUACAACUACGAGGUUGUUGAGCUUCCUCUCUAG